UUAUUAUUCAGUUAGUGGUUAGCAUCCAGCGGCGAUGGAUUUCGUUGAUAAAAUAGUUAUCGUCACCGGUGCCAGUUCGGGCAUUGGGAAAUCUUGCGCUAUGGACUUUGCGAGACAUUCAGCAAAAUUGGUUUUGGUUGGUCGUAACGUUAACAACUUGAAGGAAACCAAGGAUGAAUGCGAACGAAUUAGUGGGAUUGAAGCUUUGACAGUGACCGCUGAUAUAACCAAAGAAGACGACAUCGAUCUCAUCAUCAAUAACACAAUUGAGCAUUACGGGAAAAUAGACGUCCUGGUGAACAAUGCCGGGAGGUUGCUUAUGGCUGGUAUUAGGGACAGCAUCACGAAUUACGAUAAAAUAUCAGCUGUUAACGUCCGAGGUACAUACAUUUUGACACAACGAGCCCUCCCGCAUUUAAUUGAAACGAAAGGUAAUAUUGUUAAUGUAUCAAGUGUCUUAUCAACCACCGCACUCCCAACACUGACGGCGUAUUGCAUGACGAAAGCAGCGUUGGACAUGCUGACCAAGUGUGCCGCGUUGGAGCUAGCUGAAAAAGGAGUUAGAGUAAACUCUGUUAACCCGGGUCCGGUUGCUACAGAAUUGUUUCUGCGAGCUGGUUUGGAUGAAGAAGCAAACAGACAAGCUUACGCUAGUAUGGGCAUGGCGAUGCCUUUGCAAAAGAUAACCAGCUGUGAUGAUGUAGCCAAGUUGGUAGUCUUUCUCGCAAGCGACUACGCCAGCAGUAUCACAGGAGCCACACAUCUCGUCGACUGCGGACUACAUCUCGGAAAACCUGUUUUUUAAUUUCAGUGCAUAAAUACCGUAUAUUAUUUACGCUUCUAUUUUAAAAGCUAUCUCACUAGUGUGGUUUUUGUAGUAAAAUAUCAGUAAAAUGUAUGUUGAAUAAAGGAAACGAAGAGGGUUUGGUUCAUUUAA